CCGGGCUGCCCGCAGAAGCCGGCGGCGGGAGCCUCGGCGGUCGGGCCGCGGCGGCGGGGCUGGACUGGGCUGCAGCGGUGGGAGCCGGGCCGCCCCGGGGUCCCAGGGAAGGGGGAGGCAUGGCUUCGGUGUUCAUGUGCGGCGUGGAGGACCUGCUGUUCAGCGGCAGCCGCUUCGUGUGGAACUUGACCGUGUCCACGCUGCGGAGAUGGUACACGGAGAGGCUGCGGGCUUGCCACCAGGUGCUGCGGACGUGGUGCGGGCUGCGGGACGUGUACCAGAUGACAGAAGGCAGGCACUGCCAGGUGCACCUCCUGGAUGACCGGAGACUGGAGCUGCUGGUUCAGCCCAAACUUUUAUCAAGAGAAUUGUUGGACCUCGUGGCUUCACAUUUCAACCUGAAAGAAAAGGAGUACUUUGGAAUAACAUUUACAGAUGACACAGGUCAGCAGAACUGGCUACAGUUAGAUCACCGCGUUCUUGACCAUGAUCUGCCCAAGAAGCCAGGCGCCACCGUUUUGCAUUUCGCUGUGAGGUUUUACAUUGAAAGCAUAUCGUUUUUAAAGGAUAAAACCACCGUGGAGCUGUUUUUCCUGAACGCCAAGUCCUGUGUGCACAAGGGGCAAAUCGAAGCGGACAGUGAAACCAUCUUCAAGUUAGCCGCGCUUGUGUUACAGGAAGCCAAAGGGGAUUAUGCCAGUGAUGAAAAUGCCAGGAAAGAUUUAAAGACCCUACCAGCCUUUCCCACCAAAACUCUUCAGGAGCACCCAUCCCUUGCUUACUGUGAGGACAGGGUAAUUGAGCAUUAUUUGAAAAUCAAAGGUCUGACUCGGGGUCAAGCUGUGGUCCAGUAUAUGAAAAUAGUAGAAGCUCUACCCACCUAUGGAGUCCAUUAUUAUGCAGUAAAGGAUAAACAAGGACUUCCUUGGUGGCUUGGAAUCAGCUAUAAAGGAAUUGGCCAGUAUGAUCUGCAAGAUAAAGUGAAACCUCGGAAAUUAUUCCAAUGGAAACAGCUGGAGAACUUAUAUUUCCGUGAGAAGAAAUUCGCCGUUGAAGUUCACGAUCCACGGAGGAUUUCUGUGUCAAGAAGAACCUUUGGGCAAAGUGGCCUCUUCGUGCAAACGUGGUAUGCAAAUCCUUCCCUCAUCAAGUCCAUCUGGGUAAUGGCAAUUAGUCAGCAUCAGUUUUACUUGGACCGGAAGCAAAGCAAAGCAAAAAUUCCUUCGGCCAGGAGUUUAGAUGAUAUCGCGAUGGAUUUGACUGAGACAGGAACACCCAGGGUCUCCAAAAUGGUGACACUGGAGGCAAAAAGUCAGUUCAUCAUGGCGAGCAAUGGCAGUUUAAUCUCCUCAGGUUCUCAAGACUCAGAAGUUAGCGAGGAGCAAAAGAGAGAGAAAAUCCUGGAGCUCAAGAAGAAGGAAAAGCUCUUGCAGGAAAAGCUCCUGAAAAAAGUCGAGGAGCUUAAGAAGAUCUGUUUGCGGGAGGCUGAGCUCACCGGCAAAAUGCCGAAGGAAUAUCCCCUGAACGUAGGUGAGAAACCGCCUCAGGUCAGAAGACGUGUAGGCACCGCAUUCAAAUUGGACGGCAGCCUGCUGGCGAGUGAAGAGGAUCCUGCUUUGCAAGACCUGGAGAGCAAUUUCCUCAUACAGCAAAAGCUAGUCGAAGCUGCGAAGAAACUUGCCAACGAACCAGACCUUUGUAAAACCGUGAAGAAAAAACGAAAGCAAGAUUACACAGAGGCAGUGAAGAAGCUUCAGGAGAUUGAAAACGCAAUAAAUGAAUAUCGAAUCAGAUGUGGAAAGAAGCCCAGCCAGAAAGCCACAGUUAUUUUACCAGAAGACAUAAUCCCAUCGGAGAGCAGCUCCUUGUCUGACACUACCACCUAUGAUGAUUCCAAUGACACCUUCACUCUCGCUGGGCAGCGACCAAGUUCAGUACCUCAUUCUCCAAGAAUUCUUCCUCCCAAGUCUCUCGGUAUUGAGCGAAUCCAUUUCAGAAAGUCAUCCGUCAAUGAACAGUUUGUGGAGACCAGGCAGUCCAGGGAAAUGCUGUCGACCCACAGCAGCCCUUACAAAACCCUGGAGCGGCGGCCCCCCGGUGGACGGAGCAUGCCCACCACUCCCGUUCUGACCCGAAAUGCCUACAGCAGCAGCCACUUGGAACCCGAAUCUUCAGCCCAGCAUUGCCGCCAGCGCAGUGGAAGCCUCGAGUCUCAGUCCCACCUGCUAUCUGAGAUGGACAGCGAUAAGCCAUUUUUCUCCCUCUCCAAAUCCCAAAGAAGCAGUAGUACGGAGAUCCUGGACGACGGGUCCUCCUACACCAGCCAGUCAAGCACGGAGUAUUACUGCGUGACGCCCGUCGCCGGCCCCUAUUACACUACCCAGACUCUGGACACUCGUGCCAGGGGCCGGAGAAGGUCCAAGAAACAGAAUGUUUCGACUUCAAAUUCAGGAAGCAUGCCCAACCUAGCACAAAAGGAUAGUUUGAGGAAUGGCGUCUACACAAAGAGCCAGGAACAACCUUCUUCUAGUUACUAUAUUGCUGGGUACACACCCUAUGCGGAGUGUGAUCUUUAUUAUAGCGGAGGCUACGUCUAUGAGAACGACACGGAGGGACAGUACAGCGUCAAUCCUUCCUACCGUUCCUCGGCCCACUAUGGAUACGAGCGCCAACGGGACUACAGCAGGUCCUUUCAUGAGGAUGAGGUCGACCAUGUGCCCCAUAACCCAUAUGCAACUCUCCGGCUGCCUAGGAAGGCUGCUGCUAAGUCGGAGCACAUCACCAAAAACAUCCACAAGGCCUUAGUUGCAGAGCACCUGCGUGGCUGGUACCAGCGGGCCUCUGGACAAAAGGACCCAGGGCACAGCCCACAGACUAGCUUUGACUCAGACAGGGGAUCGCAGAGGUGCUUGGGGUUUGCAGGGCUGCAAGUACCCUGUUCUCCCAGCAGCCGAACAUCCUCCUACUCUUCCGUAUCUUCUACAAAUGCUUCCGGGAACUGGAGGACCCAGAUAGCAGUAGGGCUAUCUGACUACGAGACCCCGGCACAUUCUUCCUACACCAGCUGCUACGGCAACAUCUAUAAUCCUUUGCCCUCUCCAGCCAGACAGUACCCAGAGAUCAGCACAGAGGGAAGCCGGUCGGAGGACAGCCUGGAGAGCAGGGAGCAGAGGCUGUUCUGGCAUGAAGAUUCGAAGCCUGGAACGUUAGUCUGAACUGCCAUCGGACCUCUUGGCCAAGCGCUGCGUCCUCACACUAGUGUGCCUUGCAAAAUGUGUUGUCUUCCCAGAAAGCUGUUCGGCUCUAGAAAGCUAAAGGCAUCCGAGGUCCAAGAGAGGACUUAACUGGCCCCGGAAGGGAUUCCCCCACGGAGGCUGAGCCUGCCUGCGCCGCGUCCCUGAACGACUUGCCUUCCCCCCUCGGGGCACUCACCCGACAGAGCCAGGUGGAACUGUGGCCAAGGGAGGACUCAGCCUCGAUCGGUAGCAAGCACUUUUUAAGGGAAUAAAAGUUGUUGAAGGCAAACCGCAAAAUUGUGACCAGUGCGUUCAGGGUCUCCAGUAGGAAGGAAGGACGGGAAAUUGCAGAGCACAAUUCAGAAUGAUGAGAAAAGGGAAAGCAGAAGCUCCUUAGUCAUUACCCACCUUCAGAAAGUUUGGGUUUGUGAUCCGGCGAGGAAUCACUUGCUCUCUCUACCCGCAUCUGAACCAUUUAGGCAGUAUUGGAAAAUUACUUGAAGAGAAGCUGGAUUCUCAUGAAGUUCUGAAUGAGUUGUAAAUGUUUCUAGGAUAUUAUAAAGAGUGAUGGUUUUCAUAAACCCCGUAAAAUGGGUUCUGGAGAGACUUAUUGCUGUAGCAUCCUGUAAUAUAACUUUAUGGUAGCAGAUUGGGAAAAACAAAGCAGCCCACUGAAUUGACAAACUCUGCUUGGAGAAUGUUCUAAGGUACAAUAUUAUUGGGUUCCUUUUUUCUUUCUACACCAGUGGCCUGAUGGGUUAUAUUAUUCAGGCUGGUAACUCUCCCAUUCGGCUGCCAUUGGAAAUGGCAGACCUGAUAUGGAAAGUUUUUCUAAUCCAGAGUUUGAAAAAGUACUUUAAGGUAAUACAGAAAGAACCCAAAACAAAAU